GAAGCCUUUUUAGGGAGCAGAAAAUGGAUGCCCUUCAUCCCCUGGUGACUCAGAAUGGCGACGCUUAUAUUGAUCGCCUACUCUUCCCCUUCUUCUCUAUCAUUCUCUAUCAUUCUCUAUCCUUUCCUAUUAUUCUUCAUUUCCCCUCUGAACCUCUUAAAUCCAUUACCUCUCGCGUUAUCUUGUCUCUUGCCCUCUUCGAUGCUGUUAGGUGCGCGGUAGGGCUCCUCCUUAUAACAUCGAACCCUCUUCUCCUCGCUGUCAUCGUCGCCCUCGUCUUUCCCGGGUUAAGUCGAUAUGCGGCGUCGCCAACCGUCACCGGACGCUUCCUCAGACAGCGAGAGCUGCUUCGAUACAGAGGAUGAACACAAGGAAACCGACGACGACACCGAGCCGACUGAUAUUGAUUCCGAUGUUGAAGGAUGCGACGAAGCAGAUCUAGCGUGGAUCGCAGGAGAGGACAACGCUCAACCGCCGGAAUACUACCUCGAUCAAGAGAAUGAUUCCGCCGAAUCCGACGAUGAAGAUGAGGACUAUAGCGAUAAUAGUAUCCUUCUCCUUGACAUGAUCGAGUCACAAUUUAGUCGGUAUCUACUCUAUUUUCUUUGUCUACUAUCUUCUACUAUUAAAUCGUUGACCUAACUCUUUGAAGGUACUGUAAAUAUAUACGAAAGAAUCCGGCCCAGGUAAUGCAGGCUAUCUCUCGCCGCACUCUCAAGGCCUUCUUCGAUUGGAUGUUAAAUCAACGGCGAGGGAAGGGAGGGAGGAGGCUUACAGGUAUUAAGUCGGCCAAUACACUCGGGACAUACUGGAAGGUCUUCCGGCUCGUGCACGAAAGGACAAUUGGUGAGAAGAUCGAGGGUAAAAUAAAUCGGAAUAUGCAUCGUGUAAGUAGCGCUUCUUGUUCACCUGCUACAUCCUGUCCGAAAUACCCCAGAUCACAGGCUAAUAAAUAUUUACGUCUUUUUAUAGGUCCUAAGGAAGCUAGUAAAGAAGUACGGAUUGUCUACGGAGAAGCGUGAGAAGACGGCGAUGUAUAUCGAGGAUCUUGCAGGCGUCCUCCAGACCAACCUUACAACGACAAGGAAGAAGUAUACGCACGGCCGGCACCGUAUACAACUCGCCUUCUUCCACCACCUAGCUGCCUUUUCUGGAAACCGACCUUCAGCAGUCCUAAACCUCUGCUACCGUCAUAUUAUUGUAACCCUGCUCCGGGACCCGAAGGGCGGGCCCCAUCGGAUCUUAAUUGAAUUCACGUGCGAGUUCACGAAGCAGUAUCUCGGCAUGAAAGAUGCGUAAGUUUCACCUAUACCCUUUUUACCUUCCCAAAUUCCUUCUAGUUCUACUGCGCAACGUAUUGCUUACAAGGAAGCUAGGAAUACGUUCCCACUUCCCGAGAUUAUCUUCGAUCCGUCCCUCAUCCUCAGUCCACAUGUCGCCUUACUAGGCCUCAUUCUUGCCGAUGAAGCGUUUUUGGCCCCGAAUCUCACGUCUGCAGAGAAGAUCAGUGGGUUGGAUAUUCGGCCUGGGUAUGAGCAGCUGCCCUUACAUUUAAAACCGGAAAAGGCCAACAUCCCCAUCUUCCGCAAGUCUAUUAAGACGCUCUAUGGGUGGGAGAUCUCGCCGGACCAGAAAUUACCAUACUCCACGCUUUUGCCGUGGAUGAAGAAGCUUGGUGUGCUUACGGGGUUUCCACAGAUCACGCGCCCGUACUGUCUCCGAUAUGGUGCGGGGAAUGCAUUCAACCAGAAUAGUUCGUCGCUUGUCCCCUUCACCCUGUAGAAAGAUGUACUAACUGUAGACAAACAGGUGACGUGAGCGAUGCGCUCCAGAAUAUGAUGCUACAACACGCUAAGAUUGACACCUUUAUUAAGCACUACCUCCCACGGCGGGUUACCGCUGAUACUAGAGCUAUCGUCUCUGGCUAUGAACCUCAGCACGACCUAAUGCGGGCAGCCUGUCGGAUGACUCGAUGGAUUGAUCCUGAUCGACCGCAAGAACUCACGCUCAAGCAAUCCCUGUCAGUCAAUCAAGAUCCCUAUAUCUGCCGCCUUAUUGUACAGCGAGAGAAGUGGAAACGCCGCUUCCAGGGCACGGCUACACAACAGCCUGGGUACCAAACCCUUAGCCGCGAGAUCUUCAAUUCAAGGCAGCGGCAAAGAGUUGUACUUCUAAAGCAGGUUCAAGUUCGGUGGGAUCUGGAACACCCGGUUAAUGAGAUUGAGCUGCAGCUCUCUGGGCUUAAGUUCAACCAGGAAGUGCAGACUACUCUACACCUGGAUGAGGAGAUGCCCCCGAUCCAGAAGCGCUUGGUUAAGACGAUAAUGACUCUGCCGGGAGCGACCUUGGAGGAAGAGUUUCGCCGGCGCAACGCUGCUAUCGAUGCGGUCGCUGCCUACUGCAACUUCCAGGAGGGGGGGACUGUUGCCCGACCACGUGGGAAGCCGUCUAAGGAGACCAACCCGCAGCAGGAAUCUGCCGAGGCCGAGAAGCAGGCACUAAGUGCCGCUAUGUUGUUAGUGUUUACAGAGAAGAGACCAACCAUCUGUUUUAUAUGCUUAGGGGAGGAAAACUUGCCGUUCGAGAAGCGCGUGUAUUUAUUUGCGAGUCCAGGAGACCUUACUAAGCACUUUAAGCGGAAGCAUUUGUCCAACAUUAGGGAAGGAGAUAGGGUCGGGUGUAAUAUCUGUCGAAUGUCCUUGAAGCACAAAAUGCACCUUCAGAGUCACGCAGCGAGGAUUCACGGGACGGUUUCUUAAUUAUCAAGUGGAUUUAGAGAUUAUCACGGAACAACCCCUCUAUUUCAUAAACUGUACAAUU